AUGUGCAAUGCCGGCAGUAUAAAUCAAGAAGUCUCCAGAAGACUAAUAGAAGUGAGGGAGAAUGUAAUAGACAGGCUUGUUCUGUUUGCUAUUGAGGAUUUAUAUGUCGUCUGGAGGCGUGUGACGGGCGAGAAGUACCUGACCGUCGGCAAGUACGUCUUCACCAAGGACCACCGCAUCAAGGUCGAGUUCAGCACCAAGGACAAUGACGUCACUUCCUGGGAUUUAUACAUACGCCAUGUGCGGGAGGACGACGCCGGGAUCUACGAGUGUCAGAUGACGUCAUCGACGACGCUGACGCGGCUCGUGGAGUUAAAAAUAGAAGAGGUCAAGUCACGAGUUAAUAAGGAGGUCACGCAGAUUCCAACCCCAACAACACAAGCCCCGUACGUUACUGCCAAGAAGAUACCUCUCACAGAGAGACCGAGGCGGCCAGAUAAAGAAGAGUUUGUCACUGCUGGUCAGCCCAUACGACUCCUCUGCAACGUGUCUCUAGCCAACCAGACACUGCCCAGGUCACGCAUCGAGUGGUACAAGGACGGCAGGUCCCUCAUGUCUGACCAACAUUCCUACGUCACAAGGUACCAAUACGAGACAGACAAACUCUACGUCAGCGAGCUCAUGAUCGACAACUCUCAGCUGACCGACUCGGGGGACUACCAGUGCCGGGUCAAGAACCAGGACUUGGCUGUAGUCAGGAUCUACGUGCUUCCUAAUACAAAUAUUACCAAUGGUAAAUCAGAGGAUAUGUCACCUUUCUUAGGUGCCGACAGUCUCAAGACCAAAAACAUGGCCGUCUCCCUGCCCCACAUUUCCAGUAUUUGCUCCAUCAUUGCUUGCUGCAAUACCAUUUUCAACUUCAUGUAUGUGAUACCAGCACUGUGUCAUCUACUCUCUGCUUUCUUUUGGAGAACUCUCCACUUUUUGAAUCACAAAGUUAAACACCAUGCAGACCCAACAUAGAGAUAGUAAUUUUAUUUUGUUACAUUUUUUUUUU